GUCUGUGUAAAUGAGGUCCAUCUGGAGGAGCUGGGGCGUGGGCGUGUGAGGAUGCGCGAGCACCUCCUCUGGGACUACCCACUGCAGUUCUCCUGGCUGAUGGAGGCCGAGCCCUUCACCUCCUCCCUGCUGCAGGCGGGCGGCCCUGUGGCCAGCGCCGGCAUGACCCUGGAGCAGAAGACCACCUUCGCCUUCGUCAUCUUUCUCUUUGUCUUCCUCUGCAUCCUGAUUGUGCGUUGCUUCCGUAUCCUGCUGGAUCCCUACCGCAGCAUGCCCACCUCUACCUGGGCCGACGGCCUGGACGGCCUGGAAAAGGGCCAGUUUGACUACACACUGGCGUAG